GUAAGUCAAGUUGUUCUUUUUCUUUUUUUCCCUCUCUCUUUAUGAAGGAAAGAUGCGCUCUUUCAACUAUACAGAGAAUAAUCAUUAAGCCAUCCACUGUUGCUCUCAUCCAUUCCCUUGCUUUCUCACUGCUGAUAAACCUUUAUAAUCUGCAGUAAUAUUUGCAUUUCUGCUCACUGGUCUGAAAUCACUGCUCUGUUGAUUAGCUGAAACAAGAGUAAUAUUUGCACCUCUCUGCUCACUGGUCUGAAGUCACUGCUCUGUUGAUUAGCCGAAACCAAGAGUAAUAUUUGCACCUCUGCUCACUGGUCUGAAGUCACUGCUCUGUUGAUUGGCUGAAACCAAGAGUUCCUUGAUUGCUUGAUUCCAGACAAGAAGAAGAGUUAAGUUUCAUUGGACAUGGAAUUUGUGAUUUCUAUUGUAGCCACAGUUGCUGAGCUGUUAGUUGUUCCCAUUAAGAGACAGAUUGGUUAUGUACUUGAUUGUAAUACCAAUAUUCAGAACUUAAAAAAUGAAGUUGAGAAGCUGACAGAUGCAAAAACAAGGGUGAAUCAUUCUAUAGAGGAGGCUAGAAGGAAUGGGGAAGAGAUUGAAGUUGAUGUUGAGAACUGGCUGACAAGUGUUAAUGGGGUCAUUGGAGGGGGAGGUGGUGUCGUUGUAGAUGAAUCAAGUAAGAAGUGCUUCAUGGGUUUGUGUCCUGAUCUAAAGCUACGUUAUCGGUUGGGUAAAGCAGCGAAGAAGGAGUUGACGGUUGUUGUUAAUCUCCAGGAAAAAGGGAAAUUUGAUAGAGUUUCUUACCGUGCUGCUCCAUCGGGUAUAGGGCCUGUCAAGGAUUAUGAGGCCUUUGAAUCAAGAAAUUCUGUAUUAAAUGAUAUUGUGGAUGCAUUGAAGGAUUGUGAUGUGAACAUGGUUGGGGUAUAUGGGAUGGGUGGUGUGGGGAAGACCACACUUGCGAAGAAGGUUGCUGAACAAGUCAAGGAGGGUAGGCUGUUCGAUAAGGUGGUUCUGGCAGUUGUGUCACAUACUCCAGACAUCAGAAGAAUUCAAGGUGAAAUAGCAGAUGGGCUAGGACUCAAAUUAAAUGCAGAGACUGAUAAAGGAAGGGCAGAUCAACUAUGCGAGGGAUUGAAGAAAGUGACUAGAGUACUUGUAAUUCUUGAUGAUAUUUGGAAAGAACUUAAAUUGGAGGAUGUCGGAAUCCCUUCAGGGAGCGAUCAUGAAGGAUGCAAGAUACUCAUGACUUCAAGAAAUAAAAAUGUACUGUCUCGGGAGAUGGGCGCAAACAGAAAUUUCCAGGUUCAAGUUUUGCCUGUAAGAGAAGCAUGGAAUUUUUUCGAAAAGAUGGUGGGGGUUACCGUUAAAAAUCCUAGUGUACAACCUGUUGCUGCUGAAGUAGCCAAAAGAUGUGCAGGUUUGCCGAUUUUACUUGCUACAGUUGCUAGGGCACUGAAAAACGAAGAUUUAUAUGCUUGGAAGGACGCCUUGAAACAGCUAACAAGGUUUGAUAAAGAUGAAAUUGACAAUCAAGUUUACUCGUGUCUGGAACUGAGUUACAAAGCUUUGAGAGGUGAUGAAAUCAAGUCAUUGUUCUUGCUUUGUGGGCAAUUCCUAACUUAUGAUUCUUCAAUCUCAGACUUGUUAAAGUAUGCUAUAGGCUUGGAUUUGUUCAAGGGACGUUCCACAUUGGAAGAAGCUAGAAACAGACUGCGUACAUUGGUGGAUGAACUUAAAGCCUCUUGUUUGUUGCUAGAAGGUGACAAGGAUGGAAGAGUGAAAAUGCAUGAUGUUGUUCAAAGUUUUGCCUUCUCUGUUGCAUCAAGGGACCACCAUGUGCUUAUCGUGGCAGAUGAAUUCAAAGAAUGGCCAACCAGUGAUGUGCUUCAACAGUACACUGCAAUCUCUUUGCCUUACCGGAAAAUUCCUGAUCUUCCUGCAAUAUUAGAAUGUCCAAAUCUCAAUUCGUUUAUACUGCUGAACAAGGAUCCCUCACUGCAAAUACCAGACAACUUUUUCAGAGAAAUGAAGGAGCUUAAAGUCUUGGAUCUGACACGAGUUAAUCUUUCACCACUGCCUUCGUCACUUCAAUUUCUUGAGAACCUUCAAACGCUGUGUUUGGAUGGUUGUGUUUUGGAAGAUAUAUCUAUAGUUGGAGAGCUAAAGAAGUUGAAAGUUCUCAGCUUAAUCAGUUCUGAUAUUGUUUGUUUGCCAAGAGAAAUAGGAAAAUUGACUCGUCUGCUACUUCUAGAUUUGAGCAAUUGUGAAAGGCUUGAAGUAAUAUCACCAAAUGUCCUUUCUUCCUUGACCCGGCUAGAAGAAUUAUAUAUGGGAAACAGCUUCGUGAAAUGGGAGACUGAAGGAUCAAGCAGUCAAAGAAACAAUGCUUGCCUGUCAGAAUUGAAGCGUCUGUCAAACUUAAUUACCUUACACAUGCAAAUUACAGAUGCAGAUAAUAUGCUCAAAGACUUGUCUUUUCUCUUUCAAAAGCUGGAAAGGUUCAGAAUAUUUAUUGGAGAUGGGUGGGACUGGUCUGUUAAGUAUGCAACCUCAAGAACUUUGAAACUUAAGCUCAAUACAGUUAUUCAGUUGGAGGAGUGGGUGAACACGCUGCUGAAGAGCACUGAAGAACUUCAUUUGCAAGAACUGAAGGGUGUUAAGAGUAUCCUCAAUGACUUGGACGGGGAAGAUUUCCCUCGGCUGAAGCAUCUUCACGUUCAAAAUUGUCCUGGAGUUCAAUAUAUCAUCAACUCAAUCAGGAUGGGUCCUCGAACUGCUUUUCUGAACUUGGACUCACUGUUUCUUGAAAAUUUGGAUAACUUGGAGAAGAUCUGCCACGGCCAACUUAUGGCAGAGUCGCUUGGAAAGUUGAGAAUUUUGAAGGUAGAAAGCUGUCAUAGGUUGAAGAAUUUAUUUUCAGUCUCCAUGGCAAGAAGACUUGUGCGACUUGAAGAAAUCACAAUAAUUGAUUGCAAGAUCAUGGAAGAGGUUGUCGCUGAGGAAAGUGAGAAUGAUACUGCUGACGGUGAACCGAUAGAGUUCGCUCAAUUACGUAGACUGACACUGCAAUGUCUGCCUCAGUUCACAAGCUUUCACUCUAAUAGAAGGCAGAAGCUAUUAGCAAGUGAUGUGAGGUCAAAAGAAAUUGUUGCGGGGAAUGAGCUUGGGACUUCCAUGUCACUUUUCAAUACAAAGAUUUUAUUCCCCAAUUUGGAGGACCUGAAGCUCUCCUCCAUCAAAGUGGAAAAGAUAUGGCACGACCAACCUGCUGUGCAGCCUCCCUGUGUUAAAAACUUAGCAAGCAUGGUUGUGGAGAGUUGUAGUAAUUUAAACUAUUUAUUGACAUCUUCUAUGGUCGAAAGUCUUGCUCAACUCGAAAGGCUUGAAAUAUGUAAUUGCGAGUCCAUGGAGGAAAUAGUUGUUCCAGAAGGAAUCGGAGAAGGCAAAAUGAUGAGCAAGAUGCUAUUCCCCAAACUACACCUCCUAGAGCUCAGUGGUUUGCCAAAACUCACAAGAUUCUGCACCAGUAACUUGCUUGAAUGCCACUCCCUGAAAGUGCUGAUGGUAGGGAAUUGCCCUGAACUGAAGGAAUUUAUUUCCAUCCCAUCAAGUGCAGAUGUCCCUGUCAUGAGCAAACCUGACAACACAAAAUCAGCUUUCUUCGAUGACAAGGUUGCAUUCCCUGACUUGGAGGUAUUUCUAAUUUUCGAAAUGGAUAAUUUGAAGGCGAUAUGGCACAAUGAACUCCAUUCUGAUUCCUUUUGCGAACUGAAGAUUCUGCAUGUUGGGCAUGGAAAGAAUUUACUGAAUAUUUUCCCUUCCAGUAUGCUGGGAAGAUUACAUAAUCUAGAGAAUCUGAUUAUAAAUGAUUGUGAUUCAGUAGAAGAGAUUUUUGAUCUCCAAGUGCUCAUAAAUGUGGAACAAAGACUUGCUGAUACAGCCACUCAAUUGAGAGUUGUGCGUCUAAGGAAUCUUCCACAUCUGAAGCAUGUUUGGAAUAGGGAUCCACAAGGAAUUCUUUCCUUCCAUAACCUAUGUACUGUGCAUGUCCGGGGAUGUCCUGGUCUAAGAAGUCUCUUCCCUGCCUCUAUAGCCCUAAACCUUCUACAACUUGAAGAGCUUCUGAUAGAAAAUUGUGGAGUGGAGGAAAUUGUUGCAAAGGAUGAAGGACUAGAAGAAGGUCCUUCAUCCUUUCGGUUUUCGUUUCCUAAAGUUACCUAUCUGCAUCUUGUGGAAGUACCAGAACUAAAGAGAUUCUAUCCAGGAGUACAUGUAUCAGAAUGGCCGAGGUUGAAAAAGUUUUGGGUGUAUCACUGUAAGAAAAUUGAAAUAUUUCCUUCAGAAAUCAAGUGCUCUCACGAACCAUGCAGGGAGGACCACGUGGACAUCCAGGGUCAGCAACCACUUCUCUCAUUUAGGAAGAUCAUCCCCAACUUGGAGGAUUUAUAUUUGGAAAGUAAGGAUGCAUCGGCAUUAUUGAAAAGCCUGUGCCCUCAAGACUUCUAUUACAAGCUCAAAGUUCUCAAUCUGGUUUGCUUCCAUGAUGCACAUGCAACUUUUCCAAUUGAUCUCCUUCCAAGGUUCCCUAAAUUGGAAAAACUUAUUGCGGGAUGUAGUGAGUUCAAAGAGUUGCUCCCGUCUAGACUUGAUUGCAUGGAGAAGCAUGCAAGAGUUCUUUCAUCGAUACGAUACUUAGAGUUGCAAAUUCUUCCUUGCCUAGAGCAUUUAUGGAAGAGCAAUUCCCAACUGGACCAAGCUCUGCAGACUCUUGAAACUCUAGUGGUACAGAAUUGCAGCAGUUUGAUUUAUUUAGCUCCAUCCCGUGCUUCUUUCCAAAAUCUAACAAAUUUGGAUGUGCGGGAUUGCAAGAGAUUAGUAAAAUUAGUGACAUCCACAACAGCAAAAAGUCUGGCGCAACUCACAAGAAUGAGUAUAAAGGACUGCGGUAUGGUUACAGAAAUAGUAGCAAACGAGGGAGAGGGAAUAAAAGAUGAAAUUGUCUUCAGCAAAUUAGAAAUAUUAGAGCUUCAUCUUUUACCAAGCCUAACUAGCUUUUGCUCAGAAAAACACAGCUUUGAUUUCCCAUCUCUGGUAGAAGUAACUGUCGAACAAUGUCCUGAGAUGAAGUUUUUCUCCAACGGAGCACUGAGCACUCCCAAGCUGCGGAGAGUUAAAUUGACUGAAGAGGACAAGAAAGGAUCCUGGGUUGGAAAUCUUAACACCACAAUACAACAGUUGUCUACACAAACGAAAGCUCAAAUUGCUGGAAGUUCAUCAUCGUAAAAGCUUGAGAUACAUGCUUGCUCCACCGAUGGGUUCGAUCCCUGUGCAGCUCCUAGAGUUGGAAGUAAAAGGCUGUCCCAAGAUUGAAGAAAUUGUCACAAAUGAUUUACCAGGUGCGGUAGAUCUUCUGAGAGAACAAAAAGCAAAUGCAACUGAUGGGGCCACUGAACCACGGAUGAUACGGGACAAGAAGAUUUGAAGAAAGAAAAGGAGAGAAAGGAAGAAAGGAGGGAGAAGAAGAUGAGAGGAGCAGGAGAAGAGGAGGGGGAGGAGGAGAAAUCAAUGAUCUUCAUGAUUCAUUGUCAAAACUGUAUGUAAUGUAAAAUACAAUACAUAUAAAUAUCCAACUCUACCCAAACAUUGAUUUACAAUUACUAUAAAGAAAUGGUGUUUUCAUGUAAAAAUAUUAUAAUUGUAAAUUUUGUUAAUUAAUUUUUCAUGGUAAAAUUGUAA